CUUAUUUACACCAUUCUUAUGAAUGCUGAGAAAAAGAUUCCUGCCUUGAAAGAGCUACGUUUAGGGUGUCUUACAACUCUAUGAUUCUUUAACCUGAAAACCACAAAGUGAACAUAAAUAAGCAAGUAACUUGGGUUUGCCUGAGCGGGUGCAGAAAUGAGUUAGGCCUCUGAGCGUCGCUGUUGACCACCUAAGGGAGCCCAGCAUUCCGGCUGUCACAACACAAAGGGCUGCUAAUUUGGUCACACAAGCUUCCGGGCGGUAAAGAAGUUCAGCCUAGCAGAUUCACUAGAUCUCUCCAGAGUGACCUCGAUCCGUGAAUGCUGGUCCCCUCCGACUCUGAGGAAUAAAGAUUGGAAUCCUGCACUGGAUGCUGGAACUUGACCAGGAGGAAAGACUGCAGCAGAGGGAAAUGGCGGCUCAGCAAAAGCUCCCACACAGCAGAAGGCUGGUGCUGCCGUGCUUUCUUCUGGCGGCCCUGUGGGAGGCCACGGCUGCGCAGAUGCGCUAUUCUGUGCCAGAAGAGAUCGACAAAGGCUCCUUCGUGGGCAACAUCGCCAAAGACUUGGGGUUGGAGCCCCUGGCGCUGGCAGAGCGGGGAGUCCGCAUCGUCUCCAGAGGUAGGACGCAGCUUUUCGCUCUGAACCUGCGAAUGGGCAGCUUGAUCACUGCGGGCAGGAUAGACCGCGAGGAGCUGUGCGCUCAGCGCGCGCGCUGUUUGAUUAAGUUUAACAUACUGCUGGAAGAUAAACUGAACAUUUAUUCAGUCGAGGUGGAAAUAACAGACAUUAAUGAUAAUGCCCCUCGCUUUGGAGUAGAAGAAUUGGAGCUAAAAAUCAGUGAAACGACUACACCAGGAUUCCGGAUUCCUCUGAAGAGCGCGCAUGAUGCGGACGUAGGAGAGAACGCCCUCCAGAAGUACGAACUCGGCCCAAAUGAUCACUUCUCUUUGGACGUGCGAAGCGGAGCGGAUGGGAACAAGCACCCAGAGCUGGUGCUGCAGAGCGCUCUGGACCGCGAAGAAGCAGCUGUUCACCACCUCCUUCUCUUGGCUUCAGACGGGGGCGACCCUGUCCAAUCUGGCACCUCGCGAAUCCGCGUGACAGUCCUGGACGUGAACGACAACGCGCCUGUUUUUUCUCAGCCUGAGUACCGUGUAAGUGUGCCAGAGAAUAUGCCCGUAGGCACCCGGAUACUCACGGUAACAGCCACUGACGCAGAUGAGGGCUACAACGCUCAAAUAGCGUAUUUUCCAGAAAAAAAACCUGGAGAAACCUCAGAGGUAUUUGAGCUUAAGUCGACAUCUGGAGAUAUAGUGAUCAUAAAAACUCUAGAUUAUGAAGAUGCCAAAUUCCAUGAAAUUGAUAUUGAAGCUCAGGAUGGUCCAGGCCUUCUGACCCGAACGAAGGUCAUUGUCGCAGUUCUGGAUGUGAACGACAAUGCCCCAGAAUUUUACAUGACAUCUGCUACUAGCUCAGUUCCUGAAGACUCUCCCCAAGGAACCGUAAUUGCACUUUUCAACGUACACGACAGAGACUCUGGGCAGAAUGCAUUUAUCACGUGUUCACUCCCCGAGAGCCUUCCCUUCCAGUUAGAAAGGUCAGUGGACAAUUACUACCGGCUAGUUACAACUAAACCCCUGGACAGGGAACAGAUUUCCUCUUACAACAUCACUGUGACCGCUACAGAUGGAGGGAACCCACCUCUGUCCACAGAUGCCCAAGUUUUACUGCAGGUGGCAGACAUCAACGACAACCCGCCUGCAUUCCCUCACGCGUCCUAUUCUGCCUACAUUCCCGAAAACAAUCUCAGAGGCGCCUCUAUCUUUUCUGUGACAGCCCAUGACCCUGACAGUGAGGACAAUGCCCAAGUGACUUAUUCCUUGGCCGAGGAAACCAUCCAGGGGGCACCCGUGUCCUCCUACGUCUCCAUCAAUUCCGAUACAGGAGUCCUAUAUGCGCUGCGCUCCUUUGACUUUGAGCAGUUCCGAGACCUGCAGUUGUGGGUGACAGCAAAGGACAGUGGGGACCCACCACUCAGCAGCAAUGUGUCACUAAGCUUGUUGGUCCUGGACCAGAAUGACAACGCACCAGAGAUCCUGUACCCAGCCUUCCCCACCGACGGCUCCAGGGGCCUGGAAUUAGCACCCCGCUCUGCAGAGCCCGGCUACCUGGUGACCAAAGUUGUGGCAGUAGACCGCGACUCCGGACAGAACGCCUGGCUGUCCUAUCGCCUGCUCAAGGCCACUGAACCAGGGCUUUUUGCGGUGGGGGUGCAUACCGGUGAGGUACGCACAACGCGGUCCCUGCAGGACAGAGACGCACUCAAGCAGAGUCUUGUGGUGGCCGUCCAGGACCACGGUCAACCUCCUCUCUCGUCCACGGUCACGCUUACAGUGGCAGUGGCCGACAGCAUCCCUGAAAUCCUGGCGGACCUGAGCAGCCUGGAGCCCUCUCACGACCCUGACGCCUCGGAUCUCACGCUGUACCUGGUGGUAGCUGUGGCCGCGGUCUCCUGUGUCUUCUUCGCCUUUGUCAUUGUGCUCCUGGCGCUCAGGGUGCGGCGCUGGCACACGUCUCGGCAGCUUCGGAACGCCAGCGGCGGUGUGGCCACCGUGCCCGCCAUGAACUUUGUGGGCGUGGACGGGGUGCGGGCCUUCCUGCAGACCUAUUCCCACGAGGUCUCCCUCACCACAGACUCGCGGAAGAGUCACUUGAUCUUUCCUCAGCCCAACUACGCCGACACGCUCAUCAGCCAGGAGAGCUAUGAGAAAAAGGAUUUUCUGUCGGCGUCUCAAUCUCUCCUUGAAGGCAAAGGAGAAGAAACAGUUUCUCAGGUAAACUAACACUUUACAAUAUAUUUAGGAGCUAUUUUGCUAAAAUAAAUAAAUUAACAAAUUUACUUAGCUGCCUCUACCGUUUACUAUCUCCUCUAUUUCCCAUAUUUCCUUAAAAAUACAUUCCACUUUUAGAAAAUGAGUCCGGGUGAAUUAUUUCUAAGUAGUUCUAAGUGUUCACGGAAUGUAAGGGAAGGAGGUGUGGGGGUCAUUGUAGAAUGAGUGUAAAUCAGCAUAGAUGACGGUGGUAUUUGGGGUAAUAAAGAGAGCAGUGCGCUAGCAAUGGGUUUCCAUCCUGAGAAAAGCAUUUCGUCUACUGAGGCAACAAUUCUUUCCUUCUUUCUUAAAAAUAUGAAGGUUGGAUUUUAUGUUUUCUAAAGCCUCUUCCUCCUUAAAAAUUCAAGGCUUUUAUAUUUUAUAUUUGAAUCUCUUUUAUGAAUAGUGAAAUGCCUUAGUUGGUUAGUUCCUACUCGCUGCGUGUUAAUUUUUCCCUUCAGUUUAAAAGUGAAGCUCUUCCUUUCACUUAAUUUGCAUGCUCUUCCCUACUACCAAAACGGUGAAAGUUUAGAAAUAUACAGUCUUUAUAAUGUUUCAGAAAUGUUUGUAAUGGUAUCCCUGCUUAGUUAAGAAUUGCACUUCAAUCUCUAAAUGGCUAUGUGUUCCUUGAAGAAGUGACUGAGUUGUCAUUUGCUCUAUAAUAAAUUGGUAGAGUAAUAGUAAACACGUUUCUCUUUGUUGUUUUAUUUUUCUCAUAUCUGGAAAUCAUAUUGCCUUUUUAUCCUUAAAAAUAAUGUAUGUUUAAUACAACUUUGCUUAAAGAAAAGAUACAAGGGAUUUGGAAACUACAUCAGACAAUUGCCCCUAAAGAUCCUGUUUAUACACCUCUCUUCUCAAAGAUUCCCACUCAAGACAGCUGCUAAAAACAUUCCCAGUCCCUCAGCCACCCCCACUCCCCCUUAGAACCACACUGUUUUUCUUCCCCAUUCAUCUUCCUGGGUUGUUUUUUAAUAUGUUAGUUGUGUAUUUAAGAACAGAGAACACACUAAGAUUCUAUAUAAUGGGAUCUUCCUUUACUUUCAUUUGAUGCUAAUAAUGU